GUCUGUGUGGAGCAGAGCGAGCUGUCAGUGAGAGAGAAACACCUACAGUGCUCGCGUCGUGUUUGCACAUUAAACAACUCUGUUGCUCCUCAGACGGACAUUUCUUUUUCUUCGUAUUCCACCGCUACAACGCGGCUGGGUGGACCCGCCGAUCUUUCUUAUCGGAGAGGGGAGAAGACGACGACGGAGAAAGCGAAGAAGCAGCGCGAAACAUGGCUACUACAACGUGCACACGAUUCACAGACGAGUAUCAGCUGUACGAGGAGCUGGGCAAGGGAGCCUUUUCAGUGGUGCGCAGAUGCGUCAAGCUGUGCACGGGACAGGAGUACGCGGCCAAAAUCAUCAACACCAAAAAGUUAUCUGCGAGAGAUCACCAAAAGCUGGAGCGAGAAGCUCGGAUCUGUCGCCUGCUCAAACACCCAAACAUUGUUCGUCUUCAUGACAGUAUAUCAGAGGAAGGCUUCCACUACCUCCUUUUUGACUUGGUGACCGGAGGUGAACUGUUUGAGGACAUUGUAGCCAGAGAGUAUUACAGUGAGGCAGAUGCCAGUCAUUGCAUCCAGCAGAUCCUGGAGGCGGUGCUUCACUGCCAUCAAAUGGGCGUGGUGCACCGAGACCUGAAGCCAGAGAACCUGCUCCUGGCAAGCAAAUGCAAGAACGCAGCAGUGAAGCUGGCAGACUUUGGUCUGGCCAUCGAGGUGCAGGGGGACCAGCAGGCCUGGUUUGGCUUUGCAGGCACACCAGGGUACCUGUCGCCUGAGGUUCUGAGGAAGGAGGCAUACGGCAAACCUGUGGACAUCUGGGCCUGCGGGGUGAUCCUCUACAUCCUGCUGGUGGGUUACCCUCCGUUCUGGGAUGAGGACCAGCACAAGCUGUACCAGCAGAUCAAGGCUGGGGCCUACGACUUCCCUUCUCCAGAGUGGGACACGGUGACCCCUGAGGCCAAAAACCUGAUCAACCAGAUGCUGACCAUCAACCCGGCCAAGAGGAUCACCGCCCAGGAGGCCCUGAAGCACCCGUGGGUCUGCCAACGGUCCACGGUGGCAUCCAUGAUGCACAGACAGGAGACCGUGGAGUGCCUGAAGAAGUUCAACGCCAGGAGGAAACUGAAGGGAGCCAUCCUCACCACCAUGCUGGUCUCUCGAAAUUUCUCGGUGGGCAGCAGGCAGACCACCGCUCCAGCCUCUGUCGCUGCGGCCACGGUGGCUGCGUCCGCCGGCACCACCGCAGGGCUGGUGGAACAAGCAGCCAAGACUUUGCUCAACAAGAAGGCCGAUGUCAAGAAGCGAAAGUCCAGCUCUACUGUCCAGUACAUGCCUCAGACAAACAGCACCAAAAACAGCAUAGUCACCAGCCCAAAAGGAAACAUCCCUUCACCUGCUCUGGAGCCUCAGACCACCGUCAUCCAUAACCCAGCGGACGGGACCAAGGAGUCGUCGGACAGCAGCAACACCACCGUGGAGGAUGAAGACGUGAAAGUUCGCAAACAGGAAAUCAUCAAGAUCACAGAGCAGCUGAUCGAGGCCAUCAACAACGGAGACUUUGAGGCUUACGCCAAGAUCUGCGACCCCGGCCUGACUUCGUUUGAGCCCGAGGCUCUGGGCAACCUGGUGGAGGGAAUGGACUUCCAUAGAUUCUACUUCGAGAACCUUCUGGCCAAAAACAGCAAGCCCAUCCACACCACCAUCCUCAACCCGCACGUCCACCUGAUCGGCGAGGACGCCGCCUGCAUCGCCUACAUCCGCCUCACGCAGUUUGUGGACGGACAGGGACGGCCGCGCUCCAGCCAGUCGGAGGAAACCCGGGUCUGGCACCGCCGGGACGCCAAGUGGCAGAACAUCCACUUUCACUGCUCGGGCGCCCCCGCCGCUCCACUGCAGUGAGACGUUUGUCCUUCAUUUUCUGUGUGAAGAGAGCUCAGUGGAGGGAGGAAGAGGAGGUGAUGAUGAUGAUAGGAACUUGAAGCACAAGCCGACGGGCCGCCACCACCGCCAUCCACUAGAGGGAGUGCGGCUCGUUGGUGAUUCCUUCUUCCUGCGCUCUCCUUUGUCUUUUUCUUUGUCUUGGUGAAGCCACUCUUGUGUCACUGCACUGGAAGUACUAUCAUUAUCAUUACUACUACUACUACUACUACUACUACUACUACUAUUACUACACAUUUGUACCAUGGAACUUAUUAUUGAUGCCAGUGGUUUCUAGUUCAAGGAUUUUUGUCCACCUUUUUAAGGAAGCAUGCCCCCCCACCCUUCUUAAUAACAAUGGUUGUUUUUUAUGGUGGACAUUAAUAUUAAUAUUACGUGGAAAUGAUAGUUUUUGUAUUUGGCGUCAGUGUGUCAGCUUUGAUACCUGCACUCAUUCUCGCCCUUAUGUACACUUCUUGUUUGGGGCGGGGUCACGUGUGUGUGUGGAUGGUGGAGGUGUGGGGGGGUAAAGUGAGGCAACAUUUGAAGCAAUCUUUUUUUUUCUAGUCAGAAUUAUAAGGGGAAAAAGUCAUAAUUAUGAAAUGAAAAGUAAAAAUUAUGAGAUAACAGUCAAUUUAGACACAAAAAGACAUCAUUUUGAGAUGACAGGUCGAAAUUAUGAGAUAAAAUGUAAAUUAUGAGAAGUCAGUUAUGAGGAAAACGUCAUAUUUUGAGAAAAAAAAGUCGUAAUUAUGAUGUAAGUCCUAAUUAUGCGGAAAAAGUCCAUUUUGAGAGUCAUAAUUAAGAUAAAAAGUAAUAAUUAUGAGAUGAAAGGUCAAAAUUAUAAGUUAAGGCAUAAUUAUGAGAAAAAAACUCAUGAGUCAUAAUUCUGAGACAAGUCAUGAGAUACAAUGAUAUUGAGAUGAAAAGUCAAUGAUGAGAAGUCAAUUACCAGGAAAAUCAUAAUUUGGAGGUAAAAAGUCAGUCAUAAUUAAAUUACGAGAUAAAAGGCCAGAAUUACGAGAAAAGUCGUAAUUUUGAGACAAAAAGUCAAAAUUAUGAGAUGAAAGGUCGAAAUUAUGAGAAAGUCAAUUAUGAGAUGAAAAGUCGAAAUGAGAUAAAAAAGUAAGUUGAGAUGAAAAAUCUAAAUGAUGAGAAGUCAGUUGUGAGGAAAAAGUUAAUAUUUUUAGACAUUCGUCGAGAUAAAAUGUCAUAAUUAUGAGAUACGUCAUGAGUCACAAUUAUGAGAUGAAAAGUCGAAACGAGAAGUCAUAAUUUUGACAUAAAGCCAUAAUUAUGAGAUAUUUCAUAAUUACGAUAUAAAAAGUCAAAAUUAUGAGAUAAAAGUCAUGAGUCAAUUUUGAGAUAAAAUGUCAUAAUUAUGAGGAAAAAAGCAAUAAUUAUGAGAUGAAAGGUCAAAAUGAUGAGAAUCAUAUGAGAAAAGUCAUAAUUUUGAGAUAAAAGUUAAAAGAUAAAAUUCUGAGUUAAAAAUGAUAAUUUUGAGAUAAAAAGCCAAACACGUAAGCUAAAAAGUCUUCAGUGGCAAAUGUGCCAGACGGGAAGUGAGCACAUGCCAAGAAUAAAGUUCAAAGGUCAGCAUACAAUGGGACCUCGGAAGUGGAACAACAAGAAAUUUUUAAUCAGCGAUGCCCAAAGUGUGGCUCAGGGGCCAUUUACGGCCCGCAGCUGUUUUGUUCAUUGGCCCUCGGCACAUUUUAAGAAUACAAUUAAACAAGAAAGAAUGUACAAGAAUAAAGACAAAAUAUUAAGACAAUAAAAUCAUAAUUUUAAGAGAAAAAAUAGCAUAGCAUGUUCCAUGUCAGGUUCUAUGGCCAUCGUUGCAUUUUUCCAACAACAACGUGCCAAAGAAAAAGCAAAAUAUACACUUGUAUAUUUGCUCAUGUCAUAUUUUAACAUUUUUCCAGAAAAAAAAAUUGGUUGAAGUCCAAAUUUUGGGGGGUUGGCGGUAGGUGGGGGGUCCACUUUGGCGGUUCCACUGUGUUUUAAAAAACAAAAUGGCGGUAGUUCAAGUGUCUCUCUUGGGAAUGGUUGAGAAGGUAUUUUGGGGGGGACGCUUUUAUGCCCCCCGUGCCGAAAUAAAAGUGUGAGUGUGAAGGUUUCCUUGUAAUGUUUAGUAUUGUAAUGAAUGAAUGUGAGUAUUUAGCACGUUAGCACAUGCAGCCUACUCGCCUGAGGACGAGUCCUCACGUGUCUUUAUUCAUUUCUACGUCUUGUCUUCUUCUUUGUUUUUUUUGUUUUUUUUUAAAAGGGAUUGUUUUUCCUGGAAUGACCAACAUGCUGGGAUGGUUUUUGUUCUUUUGGCUUUUUUUUUGUUGUUCUUAUUGUUGUUGCUGAUUAGCUUAGCUUAUCUUACAUCAGUCUCUUCCACAGAGGAGCGACAGGCCAUCCAACAUGGCCGCUGUAGUUAUUUAUUUUGAAAUGUUUUAAUUUUUUAUUUUUAUAAUAUCAGAGCAAUAACCUGGUGGAGUCUUUAUUUUUAUUUUUAGCUUUCUGCUAAAACAGUAAACGGUUGUCAGGCGUUAUUUAGCUUUGAAAGAGCAACAAGCCUCAUGAUCGAUUUUUCCUUCCCAAUUCAAGAUGGCCACCGUAUCACAGCUCAGCUUAAAGAGGACUUCAGUUAACUUUCUGCUGAAGCUCGUGUUUUUCUUUCUGGUGUUAAUUGGCUUUGAAAGACCAAGAACCCUGUUGAUUUUAAUUAAAAACGUUUUUAAAACAAAAAGGCAGACAGUUCAAGUUUACAUCAACGAGGUCAAGAUGAUUUUCUUCCUGGUGUUAUUUGACUACAAAAAAAGAAGCAAGUCAAAAUUAUGACAUAAAGAGUUGAAAUUAUGGGAUAAAAUGCCAAAAGUAUAAGAAAGUCCAAAUUAUGAGAUUAAAGUCAUAAUUAUGAGAUAAAAAGUCUAAAUUGGGAGAUGAAAAGUUGAAAUUGAGAUGAAAAAUUUUAAUUAUGGGAUGAAAAAUCGAAAUUAUGAGAUAGUCAAUGAGAUGAAAAGUCAAAAUUAUGAGAUGAAGUCAUAGAGAUAAAACAAUCGUAAUGAUGAGAUAAAGCUUAAACAAUAAGAUAAAAACUCACUUAUGAGGUAAAAAGUCAAAAUUACGAGAAAGUCAAAAUACUGAUGAAUAUAAUACUGAUAAUGACUGAGAUAAAAUGUCAAAAUUAUGAGAUUAAAAGUUGAAAUUCUGAAAUAAAAAGACGCAAUUCGUAUCCCAUAAUGAUGACUUAGCAUUGGGAUAGUUUUUUCUUUCGUUCAGUGGCGGAAAAAGGCUUCCAUAUUAAAAAGGACAAUCAAGUAUCAAAUGUUUUUUUCUUUUCAUGCUAUGAAUUUUUUCCCUUAAAAAAAGGGAAGGCAAAAGAUGAAAGCAAGCACUCGGUUGAUUUUGAAACCGUACCUUUUCUUCUUGCCUUUUUAAGCUUCCUGUUUAUUUUGUGGCGAUACUUUCUUGAAUGUUAUUUCCAAGGUCGUGCUCCUUGGUUACCCCUGCUCCCUUACCUGCGUGUACGUGUGCGUGCGUGUGACCCUUGACCCCUCCCUCCAGGAAAUGGCAGCAUGUCGAGUCCACACGUGUUGUUGUUUCUUAGUGUUUACACUUUUGUAUCAGAGACUCACUUUGUCUUCUAAACGAGCCUGUUAGCUUCUUGCCGUCUUUUUGCAUGAACAUCAACAGGACAUGUUUUCUUUUUUUUUGCGUGUGCGUUGUUUUUUUUAAUGUUUUUGUCCGCCUCUUUUUCCCUUCCUCAUGCCACUUUCGGCUUUUCUGUCUACUUUCUCAGCUUUGAUAUAGAUAUUUUUGUCUCCAGAUGAUCUAACGCAGAUGUGAAUAUAUUACAGAUCCUUUCCAAAAAAUUUGAAUGUCAUGGAAAAGUUGUUUAAUUUCUAUAAUUCCAUUCAAAAAGUUAAACUUUCAUAGAUUAUAGAUUCAGGGCCCACAAUUUAAACGAUUUAUUUGUUUAUUUUUACAUAAUUUGGGCUUCCAGCUCAUAAAACCCACGAAAACAGGAAUUCAAAAAAUGAGAAUACUGUGAAGAAAUCACCAUUUACUUCUCAGUUUUUGCAGGAAAAAAAAGAAAGAAAUUAGGAUCACAUCAAAUCAAUCAAAAUAUGGUACUUUCAAAACGAUAUGUCAAUCUUCAAUACUUGGUUGGGAAUCCCUUUGCCUUAAUCACUGCCUCGAUGCCACGUGGCAUUGAAGCAAUCAGCCUGUGGCAUUGCCUGGGAGUUAUGGAAGCCCAGAUUUCCUUGAUGCUUGCUGUCAGCUCUUUGUUGUUGGGUCUGGUGCCCCUCAUGUUCCUCUUGAGAAUACCCCAUAGAUUCUCAAUGGGGUUUAGGUCCGCUGAGUUGGCUGGCCAGUCAAGCUCUGUGAUGGCAUGGGCAUCAAACCAGGUUUUGGUGCUUCUGGCGGUAUGGGCGGGGGCCAGGUCCUGCUGGAAGAUGAAAUCUGCAUCUCCAUGCAGAUCCUCAGCAGAAGGAAUCAUGAAGUCCUCUAAAACAUUCUGGUAGACUGUUGCGGUGACCUUGGAUUUAAGAAAGCAGAGUUUACCAACACCUGCACCGGACAUUGCACCCCAAAUCAUGACGGACUGUGGAUAUUUCACACUGGACCUCAGGCAGCUUGGGUUCUGUUCCUCACCCGUCUUCCUCCAAACCCUUGGACCUUGAUUCCCAAAUGAAAGGCACACUUUACUUUCAUGGGAAAAGAGGACCUUGGACCACUGGCCAACAGUCCAGUCCUUCUUCUCCUUGGCCCAGUGGAGACGCUUCCUACGUUGGCUCAGGUUCACAAGUGGCUUGACCCGAGGAACCCGGAUGCAUCUGAAUGUGGUGGUUUUUGAAGCUGUGACUCCCGCCUCAUUCCACUCUUUCUGGAUCUCUGCCAGAUUCUUGAAUCUUCCCUGUUUGAUAAUCCGCUGAAGCCCACGGUCAUCUCUUUUGCUGGUGCAUCUUCUCCUGCCACAUUUUGCCCUUCCUCUAGACUUUCCAUUGAUAUGCUUGGACACAGCACUCUGUGAACAACCAGCCUCCUUAGCUAUGAACUUUUGUGGCUUACCCAUCCUAUGGAGGGUAUCAAUGAUGGUCUUCUGGCCAGUUGUCACGUCUGCAGUCUUCCCCAUAUUGAACCCAACUGAGACAAUUGAACCAAACUGAAGCAAUUUAAUGACACCUGGGGAAGCCUGUGCAGGUGAUUUGAGUUUAGUAGAUGAUUAGUGUGUGACACUCAGUUUAAAACAUUCAUGCCCUGCAAAAUUUGGGCUGAAUUUAUUGAAUUCUUGUUUUCGUGGGUUUAAUGAGCUGGAAGCCCAAAUUAUGUAAAAAUAAACAAAUAAAUACUUGAAAUUGUUUAAAUUGUGGGCCCUGAAUCUAUAAUCUAUGAAAGUUUAACUUUUUGAAUGGAAUUAUGGAAAUUAAACAACUUUUCCAUGACAUUCUAUUUUUUUGGAAAGGGUCUG